GCUUUGCGUCCUGUUGUAAUCCGGGAUCCUGAGAGAAGGGGGGUCUGUUGUUUGGGUUUUAUAUCGUUGUCUUGGGGGAUUUAACGGUCUUUUCCGUCAUGGAGGACAGUAAAGAAUCGUUUUCAGUGAGAGAAGAGAGAAAGAGGGAGCGACAGACAGAUCAGUGCCGUUACACAGUUGCUGACUUUGAAGUUCUUUCGAGCUCAGACAGUGACAUUGGCUUCUGUGGCUGGUGCCUGGUGCUGUUCUCGAUCCUCCUGACCAUCAUCACUCUGCCCGUCUCCAUAUGGAUGUGCAUUAAGAUAGUGAAGGAGUAUGAACGGGCUAUAAUCUUUCGCCUGGGCCGUAUUUUGCGAGGAGGAGCCAAAGGACCUGGUCUUUUCUUUAUACUGCCUUGUACAGACAGCUUCAUUAACGUGGACAUGCGCACCAUUUCUUUCGACAUCCCCCCUCAGGAGGUGCUCACUAAAGACUCUGUGACCGUGAGUGUGGAUGGCGUGGUGUAUUACCGCGUGCAGAAUGCCACCCUGGCUGUGGCCAACAUCACCAAUGCAGACGCUGCCACUCGCCUCCUGGCUCAAACCACUCUCAGGAACGUUCUGGGCACCAAGAACCUGGCCGAGAUCCUGUCUGAUCGCGAAGAGAUCGCCCACAGUAUGCAGUCCACUCUGGAUGAUGCGACUGAUGACUGGGGCAUUAAGGUGGAGCGGGUGGAGAUUAAAGACGUUAAACUGCCGCUACAGCUCCAGAGAGCCAUGGCGGCUGAGGCCGAGGCUACAAGGGAGGCCAGAGCUAAAGUGAUCGCCGCUGAAGGAGAGAUGAACGCGUCUCGAGCACUGAAGGAAGCCUCUCUGGUGAUCGCCGAGUCUCCGUCUGCGCUGCAGCUGCGCUACUUGCAGACCCUCAACACCAUCGCCGCCGAGAAAAACUCCACCAUCAUCUUCCCCCUGCCGAUUGACAUGCUGCAGUCAUUCCUGAAGCGCUGAGCUGUGUAUACGUCAUACACACACACACACACACACACACACACACACACACACACACACACACUCUGAUACAAACACACAGUUAUACACUUCAAAUGUAAUGCAGGUAAAUACAGAUAAAUUGCACCUAAAAGAAUCUAACACACACACACACACACACAUUCUCUUGCUGUACGGCAGUGAUAUUUUUAUCACUUUAAGUCAGUGGUAGUCUGACCACAGCAUCACUGAUAACAAUAUUUCUGUUAGGACUGGGCGAUAUGGCAAAAAUAUCGUAUCACGAUACAUGAAGACAUUUCGUUAUGUAUGAAACUGCCGGGAAAAGAGUAGUAUUGCAUUUAAAAUUAAACCUUUUAAACCAUGAAAUAAUUCAUUCAAUGACACUUUUAUUUAAUGUCUACACAAAUAAGAAGUACAAAAAUAAAUAAAAGAAAACCAAUACAAUAAUACAUAAAUAUUAUAUAAAUAUAUUUAUAAAAAAUCCUGAAAUCUGUAAGAAUUUAAGACUUGAUUUGACAUCAAAUCAGCUGCUCAGUUUGUAACUGUUACUUUAAAAAGGAAAAGAAGUUAAAGAUUUUGCAAUGUGAUAUCUCAGAAGUGUUUUAUGACAGAAUCAUGAUAUCGAUAUUUUAUCAUGGAACCCAGUCUAAAUAUCUCUGUGCCUAUUACUUUCUCUGACAGAGCUGCUAUAACAGCCAUAUCUAUCCUUAUAAUGCCUUAACCAUAAAUGUUAAUCAUAAAUGUACAAAAAAUUCAUGUGAUAAUGUACUCAUCUGCUGUUUUUUUUAAAGGUUUCCUAAUAUCUAUUUAGUAUUUUCUUACAUAUUUUUAAACAUAAAAAAUUGCUAAUCUGAUAUUGUACGUAUCUUUGGUUAAAAGGUUUCCAUAUUGAGCUUAUUAAGUGCAAUAAAUAGUGAGUAAAAGCUGUGAGAUAGCCAGGCUGUAGUGUAUAUUCAUGCUGAUCAGUUUGAUUUCCACAACAAAAAAGCAUUCACUCUAUCUUUGAGAGAUCAUGAGGUUGAAUCCUAGUGAUGCCACAGCUGUCCGUGGCCGGGAGCCAGAAUUGGCCAUGCUCUCUGGGUGGAAGGGAUGGCAUGCUCUCUCCCCCCUGUCAAUCACAGUGACACUGGCCAAUCGUGGAUGUCUGUGAGCUCAUGUAUGCGGAAGAGGGCAGAUAGCGGUUUCCUCCGAGUGUGUUACGAUGUACUGUGAUGAGCAAUUCAAUAAAAACUUCAGUUGGUUGGCUUCACGUGUCUCGGAGGAAGCCCGUUAGCCUUCGCUCUCCCCAGUUGGUAGCUGUUGUGUGAUAGGGGAGAGCUGGCUGGUGGGUGGGAAUUGAGAGGUGACAAAAUUGGUGAGAAAAAUGGGGACGAAAAGAAUCCAACAUAACAAAAAUGAAUUUAAUACCACAUUGAGAUACAAAACUGUAAUUCUAUUCCUAUAAAAUUCAGCUUUUUGUGUUGCUUGCCUAUUUUGGAUUUUAUUCAGUUUUGCAGUGUGUUUAUUUGUUUUUUUUUGUGUGUGUUUUUGACAUUACUUUGGACUUGCACAUCCUACUUUUGUGUAUUUUGUCUGCUUUUGGGGCCAGGAAAGAAUAUGGUUCAGCUGUUCCAUAUGCAUCUUGUGUAUGUUGCUGCCAUUUUGUAUUCCAUCUCUCUUCCUGUUUCAGAAAUAAUCUGUAAUGUGCCAUAAUUACUGUCCAAUGACUUCUUGCUUGUUCUUUUUUUUUCUGUCAGUAUGUCUCCAUUCAUACUCAUUGACACCAGUUCUGCUUUAGUCUUGUAUUGUGCUUGUAUUGUACUUAUUCUUAAAUGCAUGUAAAUGUAAAUAUAUCAAAAUAAUUUACCUUGAAA